AUGCCAGAACUACCUGGGCUCCGGCGUCCCCAAGAAACGGGAAGUGAUUUCCCGCUCAAGGACAAUGAUAUACAAAAUCUUGGUCGAGACCAACUCCUCCAAGCUUUAGAUGCUCUUCCAAGAUUAUGGGAGAACGGAGGGGUCCGAAUUGUGCGUGUUUCCUCGGGCAUCGUUGUUAAGUACGGCUCCGACGUCCACAUCUGGGAAGCCAGCAAUAUGAGAUUUGUCGCCCAACAUACAAACAUUCGACUUCCCACCCAACAGUUGCACCAAUUCGUACAAGAGCUUCGACUUCUCAAAUCGAACAAACCGGGUCCAAUCGGUGGCGGUGUCUCGAACGGUGCCUUUUUCACCGACUAUGGCGCUGGCCCCUUUGUCUUCCAGGAGGAUAUGGAGCGGUGGUUCGAUGGCCGCCUUGCAGUCUGCCGUGGGUUUGGCGUAGUGGACCAGGCGCACGAGGGGUUGCGUGGCCUUUUUCGGGAUCUGGUGAUGUGUCAUAUGGACCUUCACCCGCGAAAUAUCAUUCUGGAUGGUCGAGGAAAGGUCUGGUUGAUAGAUUGGGCGUUUGCAGGGAUGUAUCCUGCGUAUUUCGAGACUGCUUCUAUCCUACGGAACGGCCUGACGUCCCUUUUUGGAGAUUUGCUGGGUCAGCUGGAUCGUGGCCGGUUUGGCGAGGAGAUCAAUCGUCUCUUCGGCAUAUCAUUUGCGUUGACAACUGGAGCGCUAUGCCAGCCAACCGGGCUAACUCAUGUGACAUAA